UUUGCAACAAAAUAUAGUUGAUGAUGUGGUUGUUGUCAAAUAUAAGUCAGGUUAGCAUCGAGGUAUGUUUGAUCCACGACUUGAGAUUGCAUCCGGAGUAUUAAUGACUGGAUGUGCAACUGCAUUCCUCAAAACCUGAUCAGCUUCUGUACAUUUUGAGAGGCGAUUUUGCGUGAAAUCGAGAAAGGCAAUCCAAUGGAAAUAAUAUGGAUUAUCUAUGUUGCUGGUUUAUUUCCUGUUUUGAGCGAAGGAGAAAUACUUUACCACCAGACCAUGACUCCAUCUUGGCUAGAAACGCACGCGUCCUACAUUGACAACUCUCGUACGUCAACCACUGAUCAAGUAACAUUCAACGCAGGCUCAGUAGCUCAGAGAGCUCUCCUGAAAGUUCCCUUAAUACCCCCUGGCGCUUUAAGAUCUUCCACCCCGCUGACCAUUGAAAUUACCGUAGCAAAUGACGCGAGCAUUGGACAGGUUGUUGACAGUGACACCCGAUAUGGUGUGUCAGAUGGUGCAAGAUUUAUUGGAUUCCAAACGCGAGACAGAACAAAUUACAUCAACAUGUAUCCAUGCUAUGGAUUGGAAGGUGUACCUGGUCAAACUUUAUCCUCUCACCAAUACAUUUCACAAGCAACUAACAAGCCUGGUCACUCCAAGUACCCAGGUCGCUUUGUCUUCACCAUAAAGUUGGAUGAACGCUGGGGCUCCUGUUACACUGCGCAUGACGGAGGAUCCGUGAAGAACAUUGGUUACAGUAACCGACUCAUGCUCAGUAGGGGUCUUACAUUCGAAGUCUACUCAGAGGACCGAAAGGACAGAGUUGGUAUUAAGUAUAUCAAGGUGGUCGUCAUACAAGACGUUUAGAGCUUGUAAAAGAAAAUUAAAGGGAGAAAAUUAAUAAAAUAAAUCGUCAUUUUAGUUCUUUUUA